CUUCCAUAACAUAACAUUCAUUAAUGCUUUUCUUUCUCUUUCUCUUUCUCUGCGCUUGUUAUUUCUUUGUUUCCAUCAGUGUUUCAGAUCCCUAUAAUAAUAAUAAUAAUAAUAACGAUACAUUACAACAAACAACAACUCUCUCUCUCUCUCUCUCUCUCUCUCUCUCUCUCUCUCUCUCUCUCUCUCUCUCUCUUUCACCUACCUACCGUGCUUUUCUUCAUAAUCAUAAAAUAGAGUGGUCCUCAACCUCAACCUCAAUUCUGUUUUUUCCCCUUUCAUUUUAAUUAUCAGUGAAAGGAGAAAUGCAAGAACCAAGCUUGGGGAUGAUGCAGGGUGGUUACGGCGGCGGAGAGGGAGACAAUAACAGACAAGUGAAGGCGGAGAUAGCAACACAUCCACUAUACGAACAGCUUCUGUCUGCACACGUGGCAUGUCUCCGUGUUGCCACGCCUAUUGAUCAGUUACCUCUUAUUGAUUCACAGUUAUCUCACUCUCAUCAUCUUCUUCGUUCUUAUAUCUCUCAACAGACUCAUUCUCUUUCACCACAUGAUCGUCAACAACUCGACAACUUCCUCGCACAAUAUUUGAUUGUAUUGUGUAGUUUCAAAGAACAGCUUCAGCAACAUGUCAGAGUUCAUGCGGUUGAGGCUGUCAUGGCUUGCCGUGAUAUCGAAAAUACCUUACAAGCUCUCACUGGAGUGAGUUUGGGAGAAGGAAGUGGUGCAACAAUGUCAGAUGAUGAAGAUGAAAUUGGGGGACAAAUGGAUUUUGGUAUGGAUCAGUCUGAAGGGCAUGAUAUGAUGGGACUUGGUCCAUUACUUCCAACUGAAUCUGAAAGGUCUCUCAUGGAAAGAGUUCGUCAAGAACUCAAAAUUGAGCUCAAACAGGGUUUUAAGUCAAGAAUUGAAGAUGUAAGGGAGGAAAUAUUAAGGAAAAGAAGAGCUGGUAAAUUGCCUGGUGACACAACUUCAGUCUUAAAGAAUUGGUGGCAACAACAUGCAAAGUGGCCUUACCCAACUGAAGAUGACAAAGCAAAACUUGUGGAGGAAACAGGGCUGCAACUGAAACAAAUCAAUAAUUGGUUCAUAAACCAAAGGAAACGAAAUUGGCACAGCAAUUCUCAAUCUGUUACCUCUUUGAAGUCUAAGCGCAAGAGAGUGUAGACUCACUCACUAUGGAUUCCUUUGAGAUGGAGUGGAGAUAGUAGAUAUUAUGGUUGGAAAUGGAAUAUUUGGUUUACUUUUAAAUGUAACAUAGCUUCAUUCCAAAAGAGUUGGCUGUAAAUUUGUGGAAUUUAAUCAUUGUAUGCAAACUUUUCUAUUAUUAAUCACUCUUAGGGUUUGGUGGUAAU